UCAAAAUGCGUUUCUUAGUCACAGUGUGGAUUUUUGCUGAGCAACAGUCUUCAUUUACUCCCAUUACAGCUGUUAAUGUACUUCCUAAAAGUUCUAAAUAAAAAUGUACAAGAAACCAAAAAGAAAAAGAAGCCUAUUCGUUACCCCCAAGCACAGGUCGAAGUCUACAACAACUCAAUACAUUGGAAGUGCCGAAGAGGCAAUUAUUCGGUUGCUUGUACAUUUAAAAAAAAAAAAAAAAUUUUUUAUUGGAAGUGCAUACCGGCCGUAACGGGAGUAAAUUAAGAUAGUUGCUCAGCAAAAAUCCAUAUUUUGUGAGUAACAAACAUAUUUUGACAUAACAAUUAUUGCGGAGCUGUCUAAUGGGAGUUUGAAUUGGAGCUUCCUAGGCGUUAGGGACAUCGCGAAGACACAGAUACUGGGGCACAUACAUAACAAUAAUAACAAACCUCCUGGCAUGUGCCACUGGCAGUGGGAAAUAGGAGUGUUGACAUACUGCCCUUUAAAACAAGUUUCAAACCCCCAGAGCACCCAACAAGAGAACUUGGGAGGAAAUUAAAGUCAGCAUUAAAGGAACAGUUGAGAAUGAUCCAUGAGAAGAUUGAAGCCCAAAAAAUUGCCGAAAUGGCUUUGGCUGAAGUGAGGAGUAUACUGGCCAAAGAGGAGGAAGAGAGACAAUUGGUCAAUGCUCUGGAACUCAAGAGGCAAGAGGUGGCCCAAAAAGCCCAGGAAAUGUUAGAGGCUCAACUUCGAGAGGAAAGAGAACAAGAAGAGAAAAGAGAGGCUGAGAGAAGAGCACAUGAGCAAGCAGGGAAAGAGAGGCUGGAGAAAGAGCAACUGGAGCAGUUGGAGAGAGAAGAGAAAGAGAGGCUGGAGAAACAGAGGGAAGCUGAGGAGAAGGCAGAAAAAGAGCGAUUGGAGAAGGAAAAGCUAGAGAAAGAGAGGAUAGAAAAGAAGACAGAGCUGGAAAGGAUGGAAAAAGAGAGACUGGCUGCUCAAUCCUUUUCCAAAGAGAAAGCAGAAAAGGAGAGACUAGAGAGGGAACGGGUCGCCAAAGAGAAAGCAGAAAAGGAGAGACUAGAGAGGGAACGGGUCGCCAAAGAGAAAGCAGAAAAGGAGAGGCUUGAGAAGGAACGGGUCGCCAAAGAGAAAGCAGAAAAGGAGAGAAUUGAGAAGGAACGGGCCACCAAAGAGAAAGCAGAAAAGGAGAGGAUUGAGAAGGAACGGGCCGACAAAGAAAAAGCAGAAAAGGAGAGGAUUGAGAAGGAACGGGCUGCCAAAGAGAAAGCAGAAAAGGAGAGGAUUGAGAAGGAACGGGCCGCCAAAGAGAAAGCAGAAAAGGAGAGGCUUGAGAAGGAACGGGCCGCCAAAGAGAAAGCAGAAAAGGAGAGGCUUGAGAAGGAACGGGCCGCCAAAGAAAAAGCAGAAAAGGAGAGGAUUGUGAAGGAACGGGCCGCCAAAGGGAAAGCAGAAAAGGAGAGGAUUGAGAAGGAACGGGCCGCCAAAGAGAAAGCGGAGAAGGAGAGGCUUGAGAAGGAACGGGCCGCCAAAGAGAAAGCAGAAAAGGAAGGGAUUGAGAAAGAACGGGCCGCCAAAGAGAAAGCAGAAAAGGAGAGGAUUGAGAAGGAACGGGCCGCCAAAGAGAAAGCGGAGAAGGAGAGGCUUGAGAAGGAACGGGCCGCCAAAGAGAAAGCAGAAAAGGAGAGGCUUGAGAAGGAACGGGCCGCCAAAGAAAAAGCAGAAAAGGAGAGGAUUGAGAAGGAACGGGCCGCCAAAGAGAAAGCCGAAAAGGAGAGGCUUGAGAAGGAACGGGCCGCCAAAGAAAAAGCAGAAAAGGAGAGGAUUGUGAAGGAACGGGCCGCCAAAGGGAAAGCAGAAAAGGAGAGGAUUGAGAAGGAACGGGCCGCCAAAGAGAAAGCGGAGAAGGAGAGGCUUGAGAAGGAACGGGCCGCCAAAGAGAAAGCAGAAAAGGAAGGGAUUGAGAAAGAACGGGCCGCCAAAGAGAAAGCAGAAAAGGAGAGGAUUGAGAAGGAACGGGCCGCCAAAGAGAAAGCGGAGAAGGAGAGGCUUGAGAAGGAACGGGCCGCCAAAGAGAAAGCAGAAAAGGAAGGGAUUGAGAAAGAACGGGCCGCCAAAGAGAAAGCAGAAAAGGAGAGGAUUGAGAAGGAACGGGCCACCAAAGAGAAAGCAGAAAAGGAGAGGAUUGAGAAGGAACGGGCCGCCAAAGAGAAUGAGAGACUGGAGAAAGAACAGCUAGCCAAAGAGAAGGGGAGACUGGAGAAAGAACGGCUAACCAAGGAAAACGCAAAGAAGGAAAAGGAAAACAGCGAAAGGGUGGAGAAAGAGCGUGUUGCCAAAGAGAGAGCAGAGAAGGAACGGGUAGCAAAGGAAUCUGAAAAGGAGAGGAUGGAGAGAGAAAGGGUACCGAAGGGAAAGGAGAGAGAACGGGUAGCCAAAGAGAGGGCAGAGAAGGAGAGAGCAGAGAAAGAGCAACAAGCCAAAGAGUUAGCUGCUAAAGAAAAGGAGAGAGCAGCGGUAAAAGGACACUUAGUCAAAGAAAAGACUGCAAAGGCCAAGGUUGAGACAGAGCAAUUACCCAAGAUAGAGAGAGAACAGUUACCUAAGGCGAAGGCAGGGAAGGAGAGAGCAGAAAAAGAGCGUCUACUCAAAGAAAAGAUAGAUGGGGAGAGAGUUGUGAAAGAGAAAAGAGCCAAACAGGCAAAAGAGGAGAUGCCAGAGAAGAAUGCAAACAACUUCACAACUACAAGCAAGAAGGAAAAAAUAAUGGCUAUAAGAGACCUUCUGAAGCCUAAAGCCACCAAGGUGAACAAGAAAUGGAACUUCACAGGAUGAUGAUCCUUCAAUUACAAAACCGACAACUAUCCCCUCCUCCCUAAAGGCACUUCUGUAGAUCUGAAGGGAUUGGAAAGAGCUAAGCAAUGCAGUGCUUGCUUCACAUUUUCCUUCUGAUAGGCUGGAUGGAUUCUCUGCCAUAUUGCUACACCUUUCCAACCCCUUCAGAUCUACAAAUGUGUCUAAGGAGGAGGGGCUAGGAAUUGAUUUACAAUUGAGCCAAUAUAAUUGAUGGUGCUAAAUUUAAAUCACGUUCAUGCCAAUGCUAAAUAUGUUAUGGCUGAUCUGUGAUAAUCAACUUUGGUUUUGGUCUUUGGUUCUUACAAAUCAGAGCCUUGUCCUCCCCUUUCUGGUAUAUUUUUAUGGCACAAUACAAUACGAAUGAUUGAUUGAUUUAUUGGGAAAAAUAUGCACCGAGUACAACCCAGCGGAUAACAUGUUAUAGAGAUUCCACUUGUGUCCAACAUGUACCCUGAUAUAUAUAUACACAUACAUACAUGCAUGCAUACAUACUGUAUAAUCAUUAAAGAAAGAUGGGUACCUGCACACUGAUAAAUGCUCCCAUAGAUACACCUGCGGAAGCAUUCAUUAAAAUUGUGGGAGCAUUCAUUAGUGUGUGAGUCUUUCUUUCUGUCUUUCUUUCAUUAGUGUACGUUCUGUACCCUUCACCUGCAAGUCACUGAAUACACUACUUUGAAACUAGUUACAAUGCAAUAAAAUGCAAUUUUGACAUUUGUGUGUUUUACUGUAUUUUUUACUUUGCUACAAAUUUUAACAUCAUCCUAUCACUUUCUGUGUUAAUGUCAUAAUAAUGUCAAAAGAUAUUGAAUUAUAUACAGACUAAAGACAAGGUAUGCUCAUUGGCUUGUAGUGAUUGUUUUUUUAGAUUAGAAAAUGAAACAGAAUAUUUAUGUUAGUAUAAGGCACAGCUGUCAAGCUCAUUCCAUGGAGGGCUGAGUGUCUGUGGGUUUUCGCUCCACCCUUGUACUUGAUUGAUGAAUUCAGGUCACUAAUUAGUAAGGAACUCCCAUCACCUGGUUUUCUAGGUCUUAACUGAAACAAAAACCAGCAGACACUAGGCCCUCCAUGGAAUGAGUUUGACACCCCUGGUAUAAGGUGUUUCUCAGUGAGUUCAAAUGGCUAUCAUAAAUAUGCAUUGCCACACAGAUUUUCAAACAAUGAGUGCUAUAAACUGGGUGGUUCAAGCCCUGAAUGCUGAUUGGCUGACAGCCAUGGUAUAUCAGACCGUAUACCACAGG